GUGAGGAGUUUACAGAGUGGAGUGUAAUGGACACCAGUAGGGGUCUGGAUCAUGAUCCUGUUCAUCCUCAGCUUUUAGACACACACAGCUGUAAGAAUGCACCACUUCCUCCUGUUCUGCAGAGACGAGCUCCUCGAGCCCCACAAUACAUCACCUCCUACAUGGAGCAUGACCCCAAACCUGUAGAUGAUGUAUUGAGAAACGUCAUUUAUCCGAAAGCGGCUCCACACUGGCGCGCGCAUUAUCUCAGUGAUCUGGCUAAGAAGCUGCGAGACAGCCGAUCGGUCAGAUCCGUGUCUGCGCCGCCUGUCAGUGAGAUGAAGGAUCAGUACAGGGGACGAUCAGCACCAUACCAGCCUCUGGAGCCUCACUACAGGACGCUGCAGACACUGCACGGACAACUCCAUCAGCCUUCGGAUCUGCAGCCCGAAGAGCCGGCGAUCAGCACAACACACGCAGACUACAGGCGCUUCAGCAGGUCUGAAUUGGCUCUUCUCUCCGGCUCAGAUGAUUCGCCCACCCAUGCACACCUCACCAAGAGCGCCACACCGCCCCGGCUCCUGGCUCUCGAGGCCCCGCCCAGCACAUCCUCUCAGCUCCAGUUGCACCGUCCACCCGUACCGGUGCCCCACGGAGGCAGAAGCAGCUUGUACAUGGAUAGUAUCGGUUUACCUGCAUCUCUACCCAAGUCCUGCACCACCUCCAUGGCUGCCCUUGCUGGGACAAAUCACAACGGGGAAAGUGAGCUGAGCUUACUGGAGCACGUCCUGGAUGUGCCCGAGAUGUACGGCACAGAGAACCAGACGUACGGGAAAGGAAAGAUAGUGCUUGUGUGAGAUAGAGAGAGAGCACACAGCAUUCAUUAUUCACCAGAUCUAGCCAUUUUUGUCCAGUCGCUUAAUAAUGGAUG